GGGCAGCAGUUCCUUUUCGGGCCUCGCUUGACGCGCAGACGGGCUCGGAGCCGCCGCCGAGGAAGACCCAGGAGCCCUCUUCGCCGCCCCGAAGGCCCAGAGCAGCCUCCCGAACCCGCUGCCGCCUCCUCGCCCUGCCUGAAUCCCAGCGCCAUGGCAUCCGGUGUCGCCGUCUCCGAUGCAGUCAUCAAGGUUUUCAAUGAGAUGAAGGUACGCAAAGCUUCCAGCCCGGAGGAGGUGAAGAAGCGCAAGAAGGCCGUUCUUUUCUGCCUCAGCGAAGACAAGAAGACGAUCAUCCUGGAGGAGGGGAAGGAAAUCCUCGUGGGCGAUGUGGGCGUCAGCAUCGAAGACCCUUACUUGCAUUUCAUCAAGAUGUUGCCUGACCGCGACUGCCGCUACGCCCUCUACGAUGCCACCUAUGAGACCAAGGAGAGCAAAAAGGAGGACCUCGUCUUUAUCUUCUGGGCGCCUGAGUGCGCACCCCUGAAGAGCAAAAUGAUCUACGCCAGUAGUAAGGAUGGCAUGAAGAAGACAUUACCAGGGGUCAAGCACGAGUGGCAAGCGAACUGUUACGAGGAAGUGAAGGACCGCUGCGCCCUGGCCGAGAAGUUGGGCGGGAGCUCCGUCAUCACCUUGGAGGGCAAGCCCUUGUGAGCCCCCCCUUCCCCACUGUCGUGCCAGCGUCUCCGGAGCUUCCAUGUCUAAUGACCCUGUGCUACCCUUUGGGGUUUUGUGGGUUGGGGUUUCCUUUAUAGUUACGUCCCAGUUUUCUACUCUCUCAUCUCCCCCCCCCUUCCCAAUUUCCCUCUGGUGCUCCCUCUGUUUAUAAUAAUAAUAAUAACAAUAAUAAAAUAUAUAGAAGCAGCCGCCCCCCAACCUUUGCCGCUGCUGUUGAAACUUGCCAAACCAGCUCCUACCUUUCCCCAUAUUCCUCCUUUUUCCCCCCCAUUGGGACCACCUCCACUUCUUCCAUUCCACUCUCCUGGCCGAGAAGGGCAUUUGAGGCUGGGGGUCACACCAGGCCCCCUCUUACUUAAUUCCAGGAUUAGUCCAUCAUUCCCAGUGUGUAAAUUUUUUUUUAUUGGUCCCUCCCCCGUAUGUGUGUUUUUGGAGAAAAAAAACAAAACCCAUAUGGAAUGGCAGUUGUGUUCCGCCCCCGCCCCCUUCCCCGACUCCCCCUCCCCUUUAACUGCCGUAGUGGCUUUGUGCUUGUCUGUAAUAACUGUGUAUAAAUGAAAUAUUGUGGAGAAAGCUGCGCCCAUCUCACAAUCAGGGGUGGAAUUAACAGCAACAACAAUGAAUCGUAAUAAUGGAAGCAGCACCAAUGACCUUCAAUAAAAAAUAAUAAUGCUA